AUGGGAUCAUGCGCAAUAAGCAAACAAAAGCAAGUGGUUCCUAUUUCUACAGAAUUUGAGCCCAUCUACGAAGAUAUAAUAAAAGUCGAUGUAUCCACAUUAGUGAAACCUGAAGAUUUAAAUCUGCCAAGUCGCAGACGAUUUUCAUCCAAUGUUUCAGAUAAGUUAAGCUAUAAGGAAGAUUCUAGUAAAGUAAGCUCACGUCCAAGAUUUGUCCCUCUGCUCGAUAUAAAGAAAUUAUUUCCUCAAAAUCAACUGAGCUCUGAGCAAAUUGACUUAAAAAAGCAAGCUUGAAACUUGUCUAACUCCCCUUCUUGAUCAAACCAAUUUCUAUCAUUUGAUCAAGGAUGAAGGUGUAAAAUUUUUUUAUUAUAAAAAAUAUUUUUCGAACUUCUAAAAGAGAUCGAGUAUAAAAUAUAUUAGCAAAUAUACUAAAAAUUGCAUUGGAAUCUUUAAGAAGCGAUUGUAGGUUAAACCUCUAACUCCCCCCCCUUUAAAUUGGAACAAAAUAUCGGUAAAAUUUCCACUUUUUUGGUAAAUUAACCCCCCUUUAAAUUGGAACAAAAUUUAAUUUUUAUAAUAAAAAAUUAUAUAUAAUUUUUAUCUAAAAAGUUUUGAUAUAAGUUAAAUGUUUCUUCUUAACUAAAAUUAAAAAUUUAUUUAUAUCUUGCUCUUUUUUUAAAGAAAAAAGUAUAAAGAGCAUCUUAUUUAAAUAAAUUUAUUAUCCUUAAUUGCUAAAUUUUAAAAAAACAUUAAUUUUUUUUUUUUAAUAAUUUUCAAAAAAAUUUGGUUUUUUGAUAAAAAUGAUAUUUUUUAUUUUUGGAUAGUUUUGAUAUAAAUUCAAUAGGAAUUCUUUAUGGAAUUUCAAAAUUUACUUUAUUUCUUGCUUUAUUUUAAAGAAUAGAGUAUAAAUAAACAUCUUAUUUAAACAAAAUUAGCACUUUGAUCGAUAAAUUUUCCAAAAAUUGUUUUUUUUUAAUUUUUUUUAUCAAUAAAAAUAAAAAUUUUUGUGUAAAUAAUUUUGAUACUAAUUAAUAGUGGCGUAUUAACUAAUAAUGAAAAUUUAGUUAUAUCUUGCUUUGUUUUAAAGGAUAAAGAGUAAAUAGCGUUUUAUUAGACAAAUUUAUUAAUCUAAUUCGAUAAGUUUUUGAAAAUUUUUUUUUUUAUUUUUUUUAUAUUUUUUUAAAAAAAUUUUAUAUUGAUAUUUUUUUUAAAAAAAAAAAAUUAACCCCCCUUUAAAUUGGAACAAAAUUUUUAGUUCCAAUUUAAAGGGGGGGGGAGUAAGAUAUAUAGCUAUAGAAGAUAGGUAUUUAGAUUUGAGGUGGAGUCUACUUUAUGCUCAACUAUAUGAAAAUCUUUCAAUCAAAGACAGGAAAAUUUUCAAUGCUGCCGUUCGAUCAAGGAAUGGGAAGAAUUAAGCAAAAAGGGGACAGAAAUCUCUUACAGAAUGCGUCAAAAGAUAAUUCUUUUUCCUCAUCUGAAAACUCAUCUACAAAAACUCAAUCAAGUAAAUCACGAAAUCUUAUUGAGUUGAUAAAGAAUACGAAAUCGACAACUCAAUCUUCAGAUGAAAAGAACAGUAGCAGAAUGGAUGCGUCUCAAGCAAUCCUAGAAAACAGCUGGAUUGAAACCUCGUUGCCUGAAAAAGAAACGAAAAUCGAAGUAAAAAAACUUUUUUCACCAGAAAGAAAACUGCUCUCUUUUCCUAGUCUGAAUUAUCAAUCGAGAAGUAAUCAUCGAAUACAAUUAAUUUCACAACAAGACUGCAUUGUAGCAGAAGAAAGUGAAUUUAUUUCAGACACAAGUGACGAAUCGCCAAUAAGACCUGAUUUACAAACUCCAGGAAGCUCUUUAAGUAUGGAAUUUCCAAAUAAUAAAUUUAGGAAAACUUUUUCCAGAAUUUCCACAAUGAAGCUUGAAUCGGACCAGUCACCUAUCAAUUCUAAUAUAAAUGAGCUUAGACUUACAGAAGAAAGCAUUGAAAGAACCAAAUGAAAUCUACUUGCAUCCCUAUAA